CUUCCAGCCUCCAACUGUCAUUGUCUCCACCCCUCCAUCACACCAUGCCUCCCAAAGCAGCCAACUACCUGACGCCCGAGCACGACGCCAUCAUCCUGCGCGCCGUCACCGCCUCGGUCCUCGCUUCCCGCCGCACGAUUUACACCACUCCCGGGCUCGAGGCCGUGGCCAACAACGGCGGCAGCCGCAUCAACCAGCGCGUGCAGCAGAUGCUGAAGAAGAUGUGCGCGGCGUACGGCCUCGCCGGCGUGGUCGAGGAGGAGGUGGCGGCUGCGAGCGGCAAGAAGGAGGGUGCGGGCCGGCAGAGCAACGGCAAGGGCACGGGCAAGGGCAAGAAGCGUAAAAUCAAGGACGAGGUUAAGGAUGAGCUCGAAGAUGAGGCCGGCUACUGA